CGCUGCCGUCGCCGAGUGUGCAGGCCGCCGCUGCUUGCGGGCUGCGUGUCUGCCUCCGCCGACCAGCCUCCGCCAUGGACCUGUUCGGGGACCUGCCGGAGCCCGAGCGCUCGCCGGCUGCCGUCUCCCUCUCCCCAGAGUCAGGAGCACCAGCCCAGGUCCACCCAUCGCCCGGCCCUGACCGCGGGGGUGAGCUCCUGCAGGCUGGGGUUUGAGCCUCACGCAGUAGCCGUUGGAGACCAGUGCCUUGGUUAUUGCUGUGUGUCCGCGUUUUAAUUGGACAAAUCCUGCUGACGUUUCCGUGCUGCAUUUGCAGGGAAAGAAGCUCAGAAAGGAUCUCUGCUCUUUGAUGACCUCCCUCCGGCCAGCAGUACUGACUCAGGACCAGGCGGACCUUUGCUUUUUGAUGACCUCCCACCAGCCAGCAGUGGCGAGUCAGAUUUUGGAAACUUCCCUAAUUGUAAAUAAGGGCCUGUGGAUGUACAACACCAUGCAUGUGCUACAGCCCGAGUACAGAUGUCUCUUUUUACCACUGAGAAGCCUCUCUUGCAGAUCCUCUCAUGGUUGGUGUGGUCUCCCACUGUGGGUGCCCAGGCACACUGGCUUGGCCCUUGGAGUCAGAGCUAUGACUGCUGGACAUGACAUUUUAUCUUUGAGGGCUGGGAUGGAGCCUGAUCUGCAGGGGUCUUUUUCCUCUUCAGUGAUUUUUGGUUUGAAAGGCUACGUGGCUGAGCGGAAGGGCGAGCGGGAGGAGAUGCAGGAUGCCCAUGUCAUCCUGAAUGACAUCACGGAGGAGUGUAGGCCCCUAUCAUCCCUCAUUACCCGGGUUUCCUAUUUUGCUGUUUUUGAUGGACAUGGAGGAAUUCGGGCCUCAAAAUUUGCUGCACAGAAUUUACAUCAGAACUUAAUCAGGAAAUUUCCUAAAGGAGAUGUAAUCAGUGUGGAGAAAACUGUGAAGAGAUGCCUUUUGGACACUUUUAAGCAUACUGAUGAAGAGUUUCUUAAACAAGCUUCAAGCCAGAAACCUGCCUGGAAAGAUGGGUCCACUGCCACGUGUGUUCUGGCUGUAGACAACACUCUUUAUAUUGCCAACCUCGGAGAUAGUCGGGCAAUCCUGUGUCGUUAUAAUGAGGAGAGUCAAAAACAUGCAGCCUUAAGCCUCAGCAAGGAGCAUAACCCAACACAGUAUGAAGAACGAAUGAGAAUACAGAAGGCUGGAGGAAACGUCAGAGACGGGCGUGUCUUAGGUGUGCUGGAGGUAUCCCGAUCCAUUGGGGAUGGGCAGUACAAGCGCUGCGGGGUCACUUCUGUGCCAGACAUCAGACGUUGCCAGCUGACCCCCAAUGACAGGUUCAUUUUGUUGGCCUGCGACGGCCUCUUCAAGGUCUUUACCCCAGAAGAAGCUGUGAACUUCAUCUUGUCCUGCCUCGAGGAUGAGAAGAUCCAGAGCCGGGAAGGGAAGCCUGCUGUGGAUACCCGCUACGAAGCAGCCUGCAAUAGGCUGGCCAACAAGGCAGUGCAGCGGGGUUCGGCGGAUAACGUCACGGUGAUGUUGGUGCGGAUAGGGCACUGAGGGCGUGGCGUGCCGCUGGCUUCAGAGGUUCAUGUGUGUGUGUACACAUUAUGUGUGUUUAGUGUACUCCUGUGGGAUUCCCAUGGUUGUAAAUAAAAGUUUCUCUUUUUUCUAA